AUGCCAUCAAAACCACGCGUGGAUAGAAUUAAGAUAUGUUAUACGGCAGCGAUGCAUUUAAAUUAUGGAUGGCGUGUCAGUGGUUAUCCUUGUACACCGUUCAACAAUGGUGCAACGAAAUAUAUCCCUCAACUACAUCGGAUUACUGUUCGAUUUUGCCGCAAGAAUGAAUGCAGCUCAGGAGUAAGGCACUUCAUCAGCAGUGGAUUGUUGGCUCAGUUCGCAUCACAGAAUCCUUCCGUGGUCGUUUACGUACAACCUAUUAGGCAGAAUAUUCCCGUGCUAAGAGCGGAAUAUGGAAAUGGACGCAUAAUUCAGAUUGUUUUAAAGAAUUUCGAUGCAGAACAAGUGGGGAGGCAUUUUAAUCUAUUACGAACUCGAAGUGGUCUUCCCGUAGUCAAUUUGGUUUCGCGACAGUCUGCUCAAGUCGCUUCGGUGCAGGGAAUGUGGAAUCCAAUGUUUAAUAUUAAUUCCGAACUGAAUAUUUCCGAAUUGCCGGAAAAAAAAUUUUCGCGUCAUCGUACCGCUGAGUUAUCAGCUACGGAAUACGUAUCGUCGUUAGUUGAUGAAAAUAUUAGUGAUUCACGCUGA